AUGCCUAUCUCCAAGAAAGACAGAAUCCAGCGCGAGCACAAAAAAGCUGACAAGGCUGGGACCCGCGCCCCCGUCAAGGCUAACGGGCUGCCUGUCAAGGCGCCGAAGCCGACGUCUAUUUGCCAGAACUGCCGCCGCGAGAUUGUUAACACGAACAAAGCCCAGCUUGAGGCCCACGCCUUGAGUCACGAUCAGACAUUGUGGCCAAAGGAGAAGUGCUGGCCAGGUGACUUUUCCUGAGGCGAUGUAGGAUUUGCGAAGUUGGGACAGUACGCGAUAGUCUCUUAACAGAUAUCUACGAGGUUAGGGUUAGGGGCAUGUCACACGUGCAAAUGCAUAAUUGAAGAUGUUUAUGAUGUUGCAAGAUUCGAUGUAACUAGAAGAUGUGUAUUCCAUGUGCUCCAAGGAACGGGUAUCUUGGAAAUGAAAGAGAAUCGACAAAGUGUAAUCCAACGCCGUCGCAAUGCUGU